AUGUCGGAGCAGUGUCAGCUUCGGCCACACUCCGAUACGCUAGUUCGGAAAUUAGUGGAGAUGAAUGACGAAGAAAUCAUAAAGCAGCGCCUGCUGAUUGACGGGGAUGGAACUGGAGAGGAUCGGAGAAUAGUAGUGUUGCUGAAACAGUUCUUGAAGUGGGCCAGUGACUCGCUGGACAGCAAUCCCAUCAUGUACGACCGACUGAUGGCCCAAUUCGCCCAGUGCAAGCUCACUGCGUUAAAGAAUGUACAAACUCUGCAGAUGAUCGCCGGUGAGCGUGACAACUACACACAACUAGUUGAACACCACGAAGAAAGUAUUGUUUUGGCUAAAGCGGAAAUCGAAUCCAGUAAAAAAGAGCUAAUCACUGCCAAGCAGAUUCGCAAGAACAAGAUGGAGUACGACCUGCUGGCCUCGCUCAUCCAGGACCAACCGGACCGCAGUGAAACACAGCGACAUAUUGAGACCAUUAGGAGGGAGAUUGACGACUUGGUGCAAAAGAAGCUAAAGAUGGAGCGCAAGUUUCAGAAACGACGCAAUGACUUCACUUUGCUGAUGUACACGAUUCACGAGCUGGAACAGCAGCUGGACCAGGACAGCUCAUCCUCGGCAUCCUCCUCGUCCAGCGAUUGCGAUGCCCGCUCUGAGCCGGACCUAGACGACAAUGGGAUCAUGGAGGUAAGCGAUGAAGACGACGAUCUCAACAAUAGCACUCCCACAAAGUUCGACGGAGCCCGCGGCGAGCCCAAAUAUCACUCAGUCUCUACUGAGGACUCUAAAGCCAUGUCCGUAGAAGAGGACACGGUGCUUGAGCUAAGCAUCGACAAAGAUGAGCACGACGUGGAUGUAGCUGUUGCCAAUUAGGUUAGAAGCGCUAGCAUGUACAAUAAAAACAAAAAAAUAAAAUGUCAUGAACUAUAAUAUAC